AGAUGCUUAGGGCACGUGGGUCAUUAUACUCGAGUCAGAUCUCGGUCAUAGAUGAUAGAGAUAGCGUUUAGGUACAGUGUUGUUGACUCUGGUGUCAACAACACUGGCAGGUUGGCGGGGAUGGUGUGGCUGGGCCGGGUUACUCACACCAGUAUAGUGUCAGAAGUGUAGAGGUGAGGAGGUGACGCUCAAGACCUGCCUAAACACAAGUGAAAACGCGCUCACACACACUUAUCAAGGUUUCAUAGUGGCGGAGGAGGAGGAGGAGCUUACAAGGUGAGGACAGUGUCGUACAGGACCAAGCAGAGUGUCUUUCAAGAUUAAUAUCCGAGGGAGGUGUCUGGAGGAGCCCAUCACUCGUCCAAGAUAGUCGGCUAAGGAAAUGAACGAGUUUCUCGCAUGACUCGCUGAGGAAGUUACAGGGAGUUGAAAAGCUGACAAACUCGCCCUGAUUCUGGCUAAAUAAUCGAAGAGUUGCAUUUGCGAUAUGCUACUGGAUACCGUUUAAAGACUGGUUUAUAAAUGCUGGGGGAAGCCAUUAAAAGUCAGUAUCUGAAUCAGUGGUUGUCGUGCGCACAUAUUUCAGAUCAAUGUUGAUAAUCGCUUCUUCUAAUACUACUAUUAAUCGUGAAGUUGAUGCUAUUCGUGAUUUUACUAAACUAGUACCGAUAUAUUUAAAACUAGAAAGAUGAUAUAAACAGAAUUAGAGAAGCAGUAUUCCGGGCCUCCACACCUCCCUUACCUUAUAUAUCAGUGUCUUGGAACCAUUUAUGACUUUAUACUCCCAUCUUCGUUAUCCGGUGAUUUCAUUUUCGUGUUCGUUGACCUCAUAUUCAAGAGUUCUUGCCAGCUUAUGUCGGGAAAUGAACGAAAGUUAGUGACGAACAUGAAAUUCCGGUGUGAGCUCUAUCCACCGGUGCAUUCUGAAAAUUAUUUCUGAAUUUUUGGCAACUUGUCAUUGAAUUGCCAUUAAGGAGGAUUGUGUUACUGUUGUAUAUCACCUUGAAUUAACCAGCGAUAAAUUUGAUUCUUACACUCCUCUUGAUAACUAGUUGCGGGUGAAGACAAAAAUAUAUGACCAAAAAAAAAGUUUAGUGCAAGUACCCGAGAGUUUCCCCGAUUUUGUGUAAAAGAUAAGACUGCCAUCCUUCCUACCCCCACCCAUUCUGUGUGAAACAAGGCAGGAACGUAGAAAUAAGAAUGGCGACUCUGAAGGAUGUUAGCGGUGCCUCGCCGGCGGAGAUACUGCCCCUGGCGGCCGUCAGCGCCAAGAACAUCUCUGAGUCGGGUACGGAAGCAGAUGAUUCUUCAGACUCUGGCUUCAAGCUGAAGAAGGAGCUAGGGAUGAUGGACGGCGUGGGUAUCAUUGUGGGCAUCAUCAUCGGCUCUGGCAUCUUCGUCUCCCCUAAAGGGGUGCUAGAGUACAGCGGCAGCGUGGGCGCGGCUCUGCUGGUGUGGGCGGUGUCGGGUGUGCUCUCCAUGGUGGGCGCCCUGUGCUACGCCGAGUUGGGAACUAUGAUACCCAAGAGCGGAGGCGACUAUGCUUACAUCCACGAAGCCUUCGGUGCCCUACCUGCCUUCCUGUACUUGUGGGUAGCGCUGGUCAUCAUCAUGCCCACAGGCAACACCGUCAUCGCUCUCACCUUCGCCAACUACAUCUUACAACCACUCUUCCCCAACUGUGAGCAGCCUCCGGAUGUAGCUGUGAGGCUUAUCGCUGCAGCUGUUAUAUUUUUCUUAACGUGGGUGAACUGCACCAAUGUAAAGUGGGCGACCAAAGUACAGGACGUUUUCACAGCAGCCAAGGUGUUGGCCCUCGUCAUUAUUAUUGUGGCUGGUGGCUACCACCUGGCUACUGGCAACCUGGAGAACUAUCAGAAACCCUUCGACAACACCAACUGGGACCUUGCUGCCUUUGCCACAGCUUUCUACCAGGGGCUAUUCUCCUUUGCUGGGUGGAACUACUUGAACUUUGUUGUGGAGGAGCUGAAAAAUCCAUACAGAAACCUACCACGGGCCAUUAUGAUCUCGAUGCCACUUGUGACUAUAGUUUACUUUCUGGCAAAUGUGGCCUACCUUGCUGUUCUCACACGGAGUGAGAUUCUGUCUUCUAGUUGCUGUAGCUGUUCCUUUGGUAAUCGUAUGUUGGGUGUUAUGACCUGGACAAUGCCUUUCUUUGUGGCAUGUUCAACAUUUGGAAGUUUAAAUGGUGGGAUCUUUGCCUCUUCACGGCUGUUCUUCGUGGGUGCUCGACAAGGUCACCUUCCUCAAAUCCUCGCACUUAUUAAUAUAAAAAAUUACACGCCAGUCCCGUCUCUGGUAUUUUUGGGUAUAAUGACAGUAUUCAUGCUCAUUACCUCUGAUAUGCAAGCUCUUAUUAACUAUAUCUCAUUCACCGAGGCAUUGUUUAUACUUAUGUCCAUUGCGGCGCUGCUUUGGCUGCGAAUCAAGGAACCCAAUCGACACAGACCUAUAAAGGUAUGGAUUGGAUUCCCCAUCCUGUUCUUCAUCAUCUGUCUCUUCCUUGUGGUUCUUCCAAUUGUGCAGAGGCCCAUUGAAUUGGGUGUAGCCAUUGGUAUCAUAUCCAUAGGGAUCCCUGUCUAUUACUUUGCUAUUUACCGAGAAGAAAAGUCAAAGUGGUUUAUGAAGUUUAUGGACAAGGCCUUUUAUGUUUCUCAGAUGCUAUGUAUCAGCCUACCUGAAGAAAAGCAAGAUUGAAACCACUGUUUAUUUAUGAAGGAUUUCUGAUGCAAGUUUCUUCUACAGUAACUGCCCCUGUGAAGCACCAUUAUGUAGUGUGAAUUUUUGUAAAUGUGGUUGAGAGAGUCCAUCCAAAAUUGAAUAGCACAUGCUGGAAGACCUUUCCACUUGCUAUUAAAUUUUUUGGAGUCGCCUUUUCCAUAACUUUUACAAAAAAAAAAAAAAAAAAAAAACUAUAUAAGGAGUUUUAAAAGAAGUGACUAUGUUCAUUACACCUUGGGGGUAUCAGUGCCUUUGUAGAUUUUUAUAUUCUUUGGAAAAUCUCCAGAGUUUUUAUAUAUAUAUUUUUUCAACGAGCUGGCCAUAUCCCACCGAGGCAGGGUGACCUAAAAAGAAAAAAAAGUUUCUCUUAUAUAUAUAUAAAAAUACAUACAUCAUUCUUUUAUAUGUGGUUACUGUACAGUGAUUGUGUAUAUGCAAAAUACGGGUGGUUGUUUUGUCCAUACUCUCUCUUGCCUAUAUACUAUGGUUGCUCUAGCCUUGUCAUAAUAGGGUGUGUGAUUAUUAUUAUUAUAUUCAAAAAGAAGCGCUAAACCACAAGGGCCAUACAGUGCUGCAGGGUGUGUGAUGCUAUCCAGGAGAUAUUUUGGAUAUUUAUGUGUAUUGCUGUGGUAAAUGUACACUGUAUAAAAUAGGAAUUAUCAGAAUCAAUAAGAAAUAUGAUAUGUAUUUUACACUGUAGCAUGAGUUAUUGAAAAUUACAUUUUUUGGAGUAAUAUUGAAUUACAUUGUAAAAGGAUAUUGAAUGUUGUAGUUAUGAAUCUGAUUUUUUUUUAAGGAUACUGAGAGGCUGAUGAAGUAUAAUCUAUUCAAGCAAAGACUGAGACAGUAAUAACAAAGAUCACUUUUGUGAAAUGACUUUUUCCAAAAAUCAUGCUUAUUUUUAUUUAAUACAGUGGAACUUUGACUUAAGAGGGUCCCAACGUACAAGUUUUUUUGAGAUACGAGCCAUUGACCAGUCGAAUUUUUGCUCCGAGUUACGAGCCAGCUCCCCCUACUUCCCCCUCAACACACAACCUGCACACUUUGCUGGUUAAUCUAUGAUUUCAUGCUUUAAUUUCAUGGAAAUUAUCCUCUUUUUCUUCUCAGCACUGUCCUUAACACUUAUUUUCUUAGGACCCAUGCUUAGAAAAACGAAAUUUGGCCAAAUGACUGUAAAAAAUGUAAGCAAAGCAUGAGAGAAAUACUCGUGCACUGAGUCAGUGGCGUUCUGAAGCUUUUGUUGUUAUUAUUAUUACACAUGUAUUAUUACAGUGGACCUCCGACUUACAGUAUUAAUCCGUUCCAGAGAGCACAUUGUAAAACAAAAUUAUAAGUCAAAUUAAUUUUCCCCAUAAGAAAUAAUGGAAAUCAAAUUAAUCCGUUCAAGACACCCAAAAGUAUGAAAAAAAAAAAUAUUUUUACCACAUGAAAUAUACAUUUUCCUACACACAAACAGAAGGAUACAUGCACAAUAUAUAUUGUGUAAUGAAGAAUAAAUGACACUUACUUUUAUUGAAGAUGUGGUGAUCAGUGAUGGGAGGGGAGAUGGUGUAUUAUUUUUUGGAAGGGGAAUCCCCUUCCAUAAGGACCAUGGUGGCUUAUUUAGUAGUUAAAAGUACUAAAAACACUGGGAUAAUACAAAAUGUUCCGAAUGUAUGUGUGGAAGCGACCGCACUGGCUUAUAAACAUUGGCACACUAACUGAAGGCAAGGCAGCUGAGGCACGCUCAGGCCAGAUGGACGCAUACGGGAUGAAUGAUGUAAGUCGAGUUUUUCAAUGUAUGUUGGGGUCAAAUUUUUACACUGACAAGCAUUUUAAGUCGGGGAUCCACUGUAUUAUUAAUGUAAUAAUAAUAAUGAGCGAGCUUCAGUUCCCUAAAUUAAUGAUAAUAAUACAUAUGUAAUGCGUAAUAAUUCAGAAUGCUGCCACUAGUUGGCGCAGUCGAUGGCAAAACAUCCUGUAAGGAGUCCACAUGUUUACAUCGCCAUGGGAGCAGUUCUCUUGUGCUUGCUUGCAUUUUUUUUUUUUUUUUUUUUAGUCAUUUGGCCAAAUUUCUUUUUUCUAACCAUGGGUCCUAAGACAGUAAGCACAAAGGACAGUAUUACGAUUCAUUAUGUUUUUAUAUAAUAUUUCUUAUUUAUAAAUACAUAUUGUUUCAGUGUUUUAUAAUAAAAGCAUAGGAAGAUACUAUAGUCAGAGUGGAAGAAUAAAUGGCAGACGUUGGCGCCGCUUCUGCCGCCAUCAUCACUCAUCAUAUUAUGCUUAUUUUAUUCAUUCUAGAGUAUAUAUCAUGUUUCUCUGUUAAUCAUAUUGUUUAAUAUGUCGUAUUACAUGAAUUGUAAUAGAUAAAUAAGCCAUAGAGUUGAUAUUGUUAUAAUAAAAAAGAAGCACUAAACCACAAGGGCUAUACAGCGCUGCAUGGAGUUGAUAUUAGCAUUACAUUAAAAUAUUUUGUCCUGCCGCUGGGACGGAUUAAUGGCAUUUCAAUUAAUUUAAAUGAGAAAAAUUGAUUUGAUAUACAGGUAAAUUGAGUUACGAGCUAGGUCACGGAAUGGAUUAAACUCACAAGUCAAGGUUCCACUGUAUAUAAAGAUGGGGUCCACUCUUAGUGGUCCCCAACCAAAAACCAAAACUAUAAACAUAUUCAAAGGAAAUAUAGGCUACUUUUGUGGGUGAAUAAAAUAAAAGAGUAGAA